UAACGGCAACGGUGAUGGCGAAAUUCUAAACAACAUAAAAGAAGAUAUUAACGAAGACCAGGAAGACACACUAUCACAGCUCUCUCGUGCUUUCAGCGAUGAGAGAAAUGAUCAAUGCUGGUGGUCUAAAAUCCAGCGAGAAAGAAAUCGCUAUCGCAAAGAGCGAAAAAAUGACAAAAUAGCAUUUCCCUAA